AUGGCCGGUCUUAUCGUCACAAGUAACAAUAUUUGUAAAUGCUCUCUCAGGGGUGAGGGCUUGAUUCCUGCUGCUGUUCAGAAACCAGAUAAAACUGUCCUAAAGUUGAGCUUCUCUAAAAUAGAGGCAUCUAGGCCAAAAAUAGCUGUGAAUGCAUCCAAGACAGACAACGGUGCAGUCAGAGUCUCAACUUUGGAGACCAUAACUGUGAAUAAUAGUCCUGUAAAAGAGAAGGAGAAGGGAAGCUUAAUACCUGUUACUAAGCAGAUGGUGGAUCCUUUCAGACAAGGGAGGCUCAUUGAAAAUGGAGUGGCUUAUAGGCAGACAGUAGUCGUUCGGUCAUAUGAAGUUGGGCCUGAUAAGACCACUACUAUAGAAACCUUCCUCAAUCUUUUUCAGGAAACUGCUUUGAACCAUGUCUGGAUGUCUGGGCUGUUGGGUGAUGGAAUGGGCGCCACCCAUGGCAUGAUUAGCAAUGAUCUCAUUUGGGUUGUCUCUCGAAUGCAAGUUCAAAUAGAGAGCUAUCCUAUGUGGGGUGAGAUAGCUGAAAUUGAUACAUGGGUGGGAGCAUCUGGGAAAAACGGGAUGAGAAGAGACUGGCUUAUCAGGAGUAAUAGCACUGGUCAAAUAUUUGCUCGGGGCACAAGCACUUGGGUGAUGAUGAAUAAGCUGACAAGACGCCUAUCGAAGAUGCCAGAUGUGGUGAGAGGCGAAGUUGAACCAUGGUUUUUGACGAGAAGGGCCAUUUCUGACGAAUCAAACGAGAAAAUUGCCAAGCUGGAUGACAAUAAUGCAGAUUAUAUUCGUUCUGAUCUGAGGCCUCGAAGGAGUGAUCUUGACAUGAAUCAGCACGUCAAUAACGUCAAAUACGUUGGCUGGAUGCUCGAGACGGUUCCAGAAUGUGUACAGGAGGGAAAUGAGUUAGCAGGCAUAACAUUAGAAUACAGAAGAGAAUGUGGGCGGGCAGAUAUUGUGCAGUCAUUGUGCCAGCAUGUUGUUCAUGAGAGGGAAAGCAUUGAAUCUCCCACCUUUCCAUACUUGCCAAGCAAUGAUAACAAAGAUAAUUCUCCUCUGAUGAGCUUGGCAUCUGGUCUUUUGGGUGUUGAGCCAUUUCAAGAGUUUACUCAUCUUCUUCGAUUGCAGGGAGGAGAAGGGCGUGAUGCCAAUGCAGAGAUUGUGAGGGCCUCUACACAGUGGAGGCGCAAAUCACACCACCAUAGUAGUUAA